AUGCCCGACACACCUAUGCUAUCCGGUAGAUGGCUCAACGCAGACGAGCAACGUUAUUUGGUCCUCCAAAACGUUAUCAAGAACGCUGGUCGUGGCACAUCUGACGAUGGCGAAAAGGCCGACAAGUUCAAAUGGUCUUACCUCAAGGACUUGCUUACAGACUACAAGGUCUACCUUCAAGCUUGGAUUCUCUUCACCGCUUCCGUCUGCGCCUACGGUCUUAAGUUCACCAUGCCCUCUAUCACCAAGUCGAUGGGCUACACUUCCUCGCAAGCUCAACUCAUGACCAUUCCUCCCUACGUCGCUGGCGCCAUCUCCGCGGUUGGACUUUCCAAGCUCUCAGAUCGCUUCCAAUGGCGUGCUCCCUUCAUCUUUGGUCAGAUGGCUAUCGUGACUCUUGGUUUCGCCAUGCUUCUUGCCCUUGCACCGAACAUCAAGCAUCAGAUUCCCGCAUGCUACAUCGGUGUCGUGCUUGUUUGCAUCGGUCAAUACCCAACCAAUCCUGCCGGCUCUGCUUGGAUCUCGUCAAACCUUGCUGGCGAAUCAAAGAGAGCCAUGGGUAUUGCGCUGAACAUCGCUCUCGGAAAUUGUGGUGGCAUUGUCGGUUCCUACAUCGUAAGCAUUAAUCUUCCGCCCCUCGAUUGUUCGAGCAAUAUACUGACAUAUAUCGACAGNUUCCUUGAUAACGAGAAGCCUGGGUACCCCACCGGCUUUGGCAUCGGACUUGGCUUUGCCGCCUUCACUCUUCUCAGCACAGUAAUCCUCGAGCUCUCCUACAUGCGUCUCAACAAGAAGAGGGAUGCCUUGGAUGAGUCCGAGGUCAGGGAGAAGUACAGUGAGGAGGAGUUGCAGAGGAUGGGAGACAAAUCGCCGUUGUUCAAGUACAAGCUCUAG